GCCCCCUCUGCAGGAGUUCCGGCGCUGCUCUGCGUCGCGUCGCUUCAGUCUGAUCAGAUCAGAGUCACGCAGCGCUGCUGUCUGUGCGUCUCUCCGCGUCUGUUCUCUGUGAAUGAGCGGAAUCACGCGCGUCUUCUGCGGGGAUCUAGCGGCGGGAUCGCGUGUGUUUCAGCGCAGGUUUACAGGCUGCUGAUCUCCUGUGCUGCACAUUAUGACCAAACACCGUCGUCUGUUCUCAGCUUGUUCCAGCCGGCAGUAGAGUCGAUCAGACGGGAGCUCGAGGUCUGCGUUAAAAUGUCUGCGUGUGGAGAGUUUGCAGAGCACGUGUGGAAACCAGGCUCCUGUAAGAACUGCUUCCAUCCGCGAAGCGCUCACGGACAGACCGGCACAGCGGGCAGCGCUUGUGUCCGAACAAGUCUGAUCGGGGAAGACGAGGAUGGGGUGACGUCUCCCUCUCCGUAUAGCAAACCCACCAUCGCUGUCAGACCCACCAUGAUGAACGUGGACGUCGCAAUGGAGGUCAAGACGGACAUCAACAUGAACACAGAACAGAACAACCAGAAGACUUUUGUAGGACUGAAGAAAACUCUGGAUUUGGCUCCUCUGUACAUCGAUAGCAAUGGAUGUAAUAAAUCUCUCAGAGAAACCGUAAUACAAAACGGCAUCUCCGGGAAGAAGUUCUCCCCAAAUGUUUGUUCUCCCACUGGAUUAUCCAAAGACUGCAUGAUUAUCAGCAAUAUAUUUAUGAGUCAAGAAGAUGGCUGCGUUCCCCACAGUCUGAAAGCAAAUGGGAACAGUGACUCCUAUAGACCCAUGACCAAGAGCACUUACGCCAAUGGAGAUUCAGGUCUUCAUAAUGGGCCUGGAAACGGUGAUGGAGUUACGAGUCCUCUAAGGGGAUCCGUAGAGGAAAGGCAAGCCAGAACCGCACCAGGGAAUGUGGUUAACGGAUCGUCCAAUGAGACGCCAGGUACUUCACCGUCUCCGAUGACUCCAGACUCCUUCCGCGAAAGCCUAACGGACUCGUGCUCCAAUCGGAGCAGCGUGGAUUCUUUAGUGGGACUCCGGAGUCCUCAGAAGUCUCCAAGUGUUCAACCAAACGGGCUCGAGGAAAGUGAGCCGAUCUAUGCUGAGAGUACCAAGAGGAAAAGACGACUCAAUGCUCAAAGCGACGAGAAGGCUCCGCAAUCCUCCGAGUCUGAAACCGAAGGCAACGCAAGCGAUAAUCAAAGAGCGACUAUUACAGUCGUAGCCGCUCAUACUGAGGAAAACAACCGGACGUUUUACCUGAGCAGCCCAGAUUCGGCCGUAAGCACCCAAUGGACCCACUUCAGCCCAACCGCGCCCAAAGACCCUUCAAGCCCGGCGUUCGCUUGGCCAAAUGCUCCCGAUGCCACCGAAACGACCCAACCCAAGCCUCAAUCCAGCCCUCCGGUUCCUCCUAAGAUCAGCACCCGUCCUCCAAGACUUGGUACCUCCAGUCUCUCCUUACCGUUACCCGAGCUCAGCUUUCACGUGGUUCUUCCUCCAAACCAAGUGACCUCGCAAGUGGACACCAAUGCUCAUGCCGUCCGACACAAGUCCAACAGCGCCAGGAGUCUGGAGGGAUGUAUUGACGAGGCAGAAGAGGAGGUUGAGUCCAAGAGAUCGGGCUCUUGUGGUGGGCUGGGCGACUCUAUCAAUGCUCCUGCUGUUCCGUCCAGAGAAUGGACGAGCGAGAGCAGUGCAAUGCCAGGCACCGCCAACAAAAGCACCAGUCAAGCGCCGGCGGAGGAUGGCAGAGCCAAAGAGAGCUUGCUCUUGAGCCAGUCUCCUCUCAUCCACUCCAGUGAACCCAACACCAGCCGGGACCCUGCGCCACCUCCGCCACCUCCCAAAAAACACCACCGGGUGUGUAACCGUCUGAGUGGCAGUAAUAUGGAUCUGGAGCGCAUCGGUCAGCAGGGGUCAGUUGAGAAUCUCAGCCAAUCACUGCGAGGACUGAACUGCUGCACCAAUGCAUCCAGCGACAGCCUGCAGGCGCUCUCCGACACCGACUCCACCUUCCGCUCCAGUCCCUCCCCUUUCCCCAGCAGCCCGCUUGGCUCCGCCCCUUCGUCUCCGCAGCCCGAAGCGUUUCCCUGCACCAGCCUGGCCAAUCAGCUCCAGCCGCCUCCGUUACCGGAGAAGAAGCUGGUGAACCGCACCACCUCGGCUCCGAGCGACUCGGGCGUCAAACCGCCCGCCCGCUCUCGCCCGCGUCUGGGGAACGUGACGUCCUGCUCAUCUCCGCAGCUCAACACACUGCAUCUCACGCUGCUCAGGAACAUGGACAGCCGCGAGGGCAUCUACUCCAAACUGGGCGGCCUGUACGCAGAGUCUCUGCGGCGGCUAGCGAUCAAGUGUGAGGAGCACUUCACCAGCGGCCAGAGGAACACGCUGAGGUUCGACGAGAGCAACUGGUCGCUCUUCAAACUCACCUGCAACAAACCCUGCUGUCUGUCCGGAGACGCCGUGUAUUACUCAGCCUCCUGCGCAUCAGACACUCGCAACACAUACGCCGUCAAGAUCUGUAAAGGCCAGGCUCCGGACAGUAACCAGGCUCAUCUGUACGGUCUUUCGGUGCAGCAGAGCAUCCCGUCUCACUUCAGUCUGCAGCAGGACUGCGGUCACUUCAUCGCCUGUGUGCCGCGGAGCAUGUUACCCAGCGAGGAGAGCGGUCCGGCCGAGCAGGAGCGAGUGGUGGUGAUCACCCGGGACGUCCCGCACCACAGCGUGGCGGAUUUCGUCCGCGAGUGGGAGUCGUUCCACCGGCAGCCGGAGGUUUACGAGCGGCGCGUGUGUUUUCUGCUGCUGCAGCUGUGUGUGGGGCUGGAGCAUCUGAAAGCACACGGCGUCACGCAUCGAGACCUGUGCAUGGAGAACCUGCUGCUGGUGCAGCGUCCAGAUCCACAGCAGCACAGCCUCCCGCGCCUCCUCAUCAGCAGCUUCGCCAAAGCCAAGCGCCGUGACGCAGAUCAGCUGAAACGGCUCAAUGCAGACGACCCAUUUCUAAAGCGGGAUCACGCCCGGCUCGCGCCUGAGAUCGUCUCGGCUGCACAGUACCGCAAAUUUGAUGAGUUUCAAACCGGCAUCCUGAUCUACGAGCUCCUGCACCGCCGUAACCCGUUCGAAGCCACGCCAGGCAAAUGCGACUACAGAUGCGACGAGCUGCCGCCGAUCCCCGCCGCCUCCAUCUACUCACCUGGCCUGCAGAGACUGGCGCACCUGCUGCUGGAGCCCGACCCCGGACGCCGCAUCCACAUCCAGGACGCUCGGCGCAUCCUGCAGGCGCUGCUGUGGGGGCCUCGGCGGGAGCUGCUGGAGCAGCCGUGGGUCUGUGGAGGAGGUGGAGGAGGAGGAGAUGGGCGGAGGCUGGAGCAGCCGUGGGUCUGUGGAGGUGGAGAAGGAGGAGGUGCAGGAGGAGGCACAGGCGGGCGGAGGCUGGAGCCGAGGCACGACGGGCUGCUGAACUGGCUGGAUGUGAAGCGUGCGCUGCUGAUGAUGAAGUUCGCCGAGCGCUCGCUGGAGCCAGAGAGGAACGCCGAGCUGGAGGACUGGCUCUGCUGUCAGUAUUUCUCCAGCGCAAACCCCAAAUCACUGUGUCAGACCGCAGAGCUGCUCUACAACCUGCGCUUCACGCACUGAGCAACAGAUCUACACUGUUUGUCUGACUGUGAGAUCAGACGCAUUGAAACACUGUGUGUCCUUCACUGGAAUCAAACACCAGCACAGACGGACGGAGCAGCGGCCGAGCACUCGUGCUUCAACAUUCCACCGCUUCACUUCACCUCCACUAAUGCAUCUUUGGAUAGAUUUAUCUUUGCUUUCAGAGUGAAACUCAGCAUGUCUGUACUGUACAGAUCACUUUUCACCCCAAAUUUAAAAGGGAAUGUGUAUAUAUAUAUAUAUAUGUGUGUGUGUGUGUGUGUGUGUGUGUAAAAAUGUAAUUUCAUGUAAAUUCAGUAUAUAUUUUCCUUUUUUAAUUAAUAAAUGUGUAUAUGUGUGUAUAUAUAAAUAUAAAUAAAAUAUAUGAGGAGUUCAUUUGCAAAAAUAGAUAACUAUCAUGUUUUUUCAUGUGCAUUCCAUUUAAUCUCAAUCAAACUGCAGUCAGGUUAUUUUGAUUAGGUUAAAAUUAACUAACUAAUACAGCAAUAAAACACAAUAAAAACAUGAAAACAUAAAAAAAAAAACGGAGUUAUCUGUUUUGCAAAUAAACAUUAAGAUUUUAUUAUAUUGUGACUAUUUUCAUGAAAAUGAAAUACACCUAUAUAUAUAUAUAUAUAUAUAUAUAUAUAUAUAUAUAUAUAUAUAGGUGUAUAUAUACAUAAAAAUAAUAAAUAUUUGCAUGAUUUAGGACGUUUUACAUUAUGACUUUUCAUGGCAAUUUCUGUGAUGCAAAAAAAAUCACAUUCUCUUAAUACAGUAAUGACAAUCAUGUUAUUUGGAUGCAGUAUUUUUUAAAGUUUAUUUAUUAAAAUCAGAGUAAAAGAAGUAGUACAACAUAGUGAUGUGUUCUUACUGUAAAUGUACUUUUUAAAAAUCGGGUUGUGGUAAAAUGUAUUUAAAUGUCAUUAAAAUGAUGUCACAAUAUAAUACAAUCUUUGUUUGCUUUAUGUAGAACAUGAUCUUUUGGUUUUGAGGUGAAGUGUGAUCUGCAGUGACAGUAUUUGAUCUCGAAGCCUUGUUUAACGCUGGUUCUUCUGAAGUUGCUCUGAAGCUUUAAGAGCGUCUCUGACAGUUUUAGGGGCUGCUGGGUAAAUCUGAGCCCUCGUGUUGCUGGUAAAUCAGCGCUCGGCGUCCUUCUGAAGCCUCUGGAUGAGAAACAGACGCUGCUGAUGCCGCAGGAAUCAAAGCGCUUCAGAAGGACCGUAGACUCUUCCUCGUAAAACCCCAGAACGUCCGUCUUCCUUCCGCUCGGAGCAACACGAGGCUCUGAUUAAACUUCCUGUUUGUGAAGAGAUGCCACUUCCUGGUGCAAUAUUUCUAGCUUCCGCUGGUUCUGCUGGACACUCGCUCUCAAAAUGUGGUUUAAAGUUAAUCGUUUAUGUUGAUUGAUUUAUUUCGAGUGCCUUUUGUGAUUUAUAUGUUGAGGUUGAAGCAAAUCAAAUCAAGCUUAACGGAGAUAAAACUGUGGGUCUGGAAUUUCACAGAAGAUCUUCAGAUGGAACCGAAAUGGGCUUUUUUUUUUUUUUGUAUAUGAAUUGUGAAGCAGGUCUUAACAGCGGCAGAUAUGAUUUAACCCUCAUGUUCUUUUCAUUUUUAUUUCUGGUUUUAUUGUGCUCUAAAGGUUUUAUUUGCAUUCGAAGACAUCCUUCAGUCUUAAGAUAUUUUAUUGAAACGAGACACUGGACAAACACACACACAUGCGCUGUAACAUCCUGUAUUAAUAUACUGUGUGUCAAACACAUCUGCAGCAUACAAUAAAGUGUCAAAUAUUUUCACAUAUCACUGAUUUGAUUGCGUCAGAGUGAAUGAGACUUCUUAAAGGAAUAGUUCACCCAAAAAUGAAAAUCUGCACCUCGGUCCGAGAUCAGGAUGAGUUUGUUUCUUCAUCAGGUUUGUAGAAAUGUGUCUCUGCAGUGGAUGGGUGCCGUCAGAAUGAGAGUCCAAACAACUGGAGGAAGAGUUAUUAUGGAUUAUGGACGUCUUGAUGCUGGAUUUGUUUCAGAUGUUAACUGGAGUGCUGUGGAUUAUUGUGAUGUUUUUAUCAGACUCUCAUUCUGACGGCACCCAUUCACUGCAGAGCAUCCAUUGCUGAGACACUGAUGCAGAGACACAUUUCUACAAACCUGAUGAAGAAACACACUCAUCUACGUCUCAGUUUACUUAAUUUAAGUAAAUGUUUUAUAGUGCUGAUAUUCAGUGUUUAGGGCCUUGAACGUGACAUGAAUCUGACUGAUUGGUCAGGGCGUGUGAUUUGGCUGAUUUGUUGGCAGGUGAAGAGGUCAAAGUACACAAACACGUGAGGAUGAAGCGCUGAGGAUUGACUGAUAAUAUAGUGUUCAAAGUCUCAUUAUGACUCACUGCUGAUCGGCUCACAAAAGUUUGACUCUGGAUCCUGGGAACGUCUGGCUGGAUUCCUUGAAAUCUGCCCGGUGAUUCCAGAAACACACACACACACACACACACACACACAAGCUCUUUUGUCAUAGGUGGAAUUUGUUGCUAUGGAACGCCGGCCAAUGGAAUGCCGUUCCCAAGAGUCCAGAACGAGCCGCUGGACAAAAGCCUUCAUUCGCUGGUUUUGUCUUCAACUCCUUUGAGUCUCAAUGCUUCCGGCAAACGACAGACAAUAGAGGCUUCAGAAGAGACUAAUUAACUGAAACCUGACGAAGAGCUGAUGAAUCACGCACCGGAUCGUUCUCGUCUCACAGAGUCAAACUCUUUCUGAAAAACCAGCGAUCGAAAUCAACAACAAGUGAAGCUGCAGGACUUUCCCUCGCACAUGAAGACGAGUCUUUAUCUGGAUGUAUUUCUCAUAUAACUUGCACUUGCAAAGAUGUUUUUAUACUUUGUUAACUUCAUAAUGAAUCUUAUGAUUUUAUUUGGUAAAUUGCAUAAACACAGAA